AUGUCGUUUCUGGAUUUCGACGGGGAGUUUGCGUCCCUAAAACGAAGCCUGCUCGAGGAGAUGAAACAAGAUAAAUUUGUCCAGCGCCUUAAAAACGAAAGAAAACCCCGUUCUGAGCUUGCACAUCAGGAAUCCGUAUCUGACGAUGAGAUCUUCUUCGAUGCCAAUGAUAAAGCUGCUCCAAAUGAGCACUACACAACAAAGCCACGCAAGAAGCUCCAACUUCGAGGCAUAGAGGAGCUUAAGAAACUCAAAGAGACCGAGAAAAAGCCCCGCAAACGCAUAUGUCUUAGUGGUAUUGAGGAACUACGCCAGAGCGUGAAACCACAAAAACGCGUCAGGCUAAUACCGCUACCCAAGGGUUAUUCUAUCAAGAAGGAAGAAGAGGCAAGUGAUGCGAAUCGGCCUGAAGAGACCGUGGAGAAGGACGUGUCGCAUGCUCUGGAGAAUUCAAGAAAUGGCGACGGCUCCUUUGCUGGAAAGAGGGAACCAAACGACAACGUUCUGGAGGGUACUGAUGGUCUUGACGAUACACAGCUACUAAAAAGAACGGUGAUGGCUCAGUUGGCAGGGAGGGAGUUUCCGGCACUUGAAGAUUCCCUGCUUGCCCAGACGUACAAGGACAUCCACAAGGUUCUACAACACACAGUGGGUGAUCGUGAAAGCACAUCAGCUCUUCUCAUAGGUCCCAGAGGCACUGGCAAGACGCUUGUGGUGAAUCGUGCUCUUUCAAAUCUUCGAGAGCGUUACGGCAAGCUGUUCAUCACAAUCAAACUCAAUGCUCUUCUACACACCGACGACAACCUUGCCUUCAGAGAGAUUGCCCGUCAGUUGGAUCUCAAUACCAGUGGCACAGAUGACAGAACCAGGACCUUCGAACAGCGUGCCAUCAGUGAUACCGUGACGAACGUCCUCUUGGCCUUGGAUUCCAACGCCUCCCCUAACAAGUCUGAUGAGGACUUCAAAAGCUCCACGCCAGUGGUGUUCAUCAUUGACGAAAUUGAGAUGUUCACAGCCUCCAACAAGCAAACCCUUCUCUAUAACCUAUUUGAACUUUCACAGAGCUCCAAGAUUCCGAUCGGAGUCAUUGGCGUGGGUACCAAGUUCACCACUAGAGAGCUUCUCGAGAAAAGGGUCCGCAGUCGGUUCAGUCAACGUAUCAUCACCACCCAAUUGCCGACUUCUGUUGAGGAUUUCUGGGCCAGUGCAAAGCUCUCCUUGAAGGUGCAUUCAUCGGCAAUGAGCCAGUUCAAGGACGUAUCGUACCCAACACAAUGGAACCAAAACAUCGACGAAGCGUUUGAUCGCCCUUCCAAACUUGCCAGGGUCGUUUACAAAAUCUUCUUCUCCACCAAGAGCUACAAAGAUCUUAAUAACAGCUUCAUGGUUCCUGUGUCACUUCUAAGCCCAUCUCAGCCAUUCUUGAACGAAUCAAAAAUGGAGUCGUACAUCCUGAUGCAGUCCCCGGGAACGGUUCAGUCAAUCAUUCGAUCCUUGUCAGGUGCAGAACUUCUCCUUACCAUAGCGGCAGCACGGUGGAUUGUCAAAUCUGAAGUGCCACAGGUCAACUUCAACUUGGCAUACAAGGAGUACACCGAUAUGAUGAAACAGUUCAAUGCCGAGGCCACCACACUUUCUUCUAACACUUCGCAUAUUGACAACACCGUCCUUGCAGGUAUCAAGGUCAAUCAGCGGAUUCUCUCGUCAAAAAUUAUGCGCGAUUGCUGGGACAAUCUCUACAAAUACGGGCUUCUCUUUGAUGCAAUUACCAGCAACAACGAGGUGAAUGCGAACAAUAAUCUCAAUAUGUACAAGCAGGUGGUUUUGGACGUGUCGAAAACGUUACAAGUUGAUAUUACACUUGAGGAGUUAGGCCAGCUUAUUCCAGAUGGCGACGUUUACAAGAAGCUUACGAAGCUCUACUCAAUUUCUUCUGGAAGAUCACUGGACACGUCCGCAAAAGAAGUGAAGAAGGUUAACGUCACCGCUGGAAAAAGCUUCUCAAAUGUCUUUGAAGCAUUGAUCAUUGGCUUGAACCUCGAGGACCGUCCUGGGAAAGCAAAGCCCUCCUUUUUUGGAAAGCCAUCACCACCUUUCUCUUUCAGUGUUGAAGAUGCAGUGCAGAAGUUGUGCAACCUCACCAUCGACAUUGAGCUCAGGAUGGCCAAAACCACCGUUGCAUAUAGCAUGAAGCCCAAUCUUGCCUUCGAUCUUCUUCGAAAGUUCUUCGAUGCAAAACUUCUUCAUUAUCCCAAUUCGAGGACUGAAGCUAAGCUUAGCCGACAUGGUACCCUUCAAGUCACACCAAAAGGAGCUGCGUUGGUGUAUGCUUUUUGUCAGAAUAUCGGUAUGCCCACAAAAUGCAUGCCAGCAAUUGUGAAGUCCAACAUCAAUACCAUGGAGCUUUUCAUGCUUGAACGAUCGCCCGCUAGUGAAAGCAUCUUAUAUUCAAGCUACUUGGUGCACAUUCUAUUUUCAUGGGUGAUGGGGCCGAGUCCCAACAUCUGGUCUUCAGAAAAGGCUCCUGAUUUAGCAUCUUGUGUCUUUUCCGGCACCACUUCUGAAGAUACGUUUGCCUUUUCUAGUUCUUCCGAUGGAGAAUGCUCUCUGACUCUAGAAGACAAGACAACGACCCAGUCCGUGAGCCCGUUUCAUCACAAGUAUUUCACCAACCCCGAGUCUGACUCUCACGUACAAUAUUACGUAUCCAAUACUGGCGUGAGGCUUUUCAAACUGAAGACUUUCAUCAAUGAUGACAAAAGAGUUAUUGUGGACUAUUGUGUCUCUGGCAAAGCGAUAGUACAGUGGCUUUGUGACUGCUCCAGUGUCACGACAACUACUGAGGCCAGCAGCAUAGCCAAGCUAUUCAUCGAGGCAAACUUACUACGCCCGAUUACUAUGGAUGAUGAAACAUUUCUGAACGAAAGAAAUGCUUUUUACGUUUUGACUGAACGUGGCAGCGAAGUCUGUAACUGGGGCCGUCGUAAGAGAUCCCGAGGUGAGCUGCUACUGGAUGCUUCUAACAAGAUCAAAGUAGGCGCUGCCUCCCAGGGUCCCUCCCUCAAGAACAUCCUCAAAGAUCCCGGCUUGCGGCUUUUGUUCAAGAUGCACAUGCAGAAGGAAAGAUGUGUCGAAAACGUCAACGCAUAUGUGCAACUCUCGGACUUCAACAGCCUGGAGCAGCAGGUUUUGAAGCUUUACUCGCACUAUGACACACUUGAAGAAGGCCCAAGAAAGAUCAAGGUCCGCAAUGCAAUCGAGUUCCACACCAACAAAUUCUAUUCGAAAGCCUUCCAGCUUUACUCGGCAUACAUCAGUCCAGAUCUGCAAUUUGACUUGAACAUUGACUACAAGCUUAGGCAGGAUGCUCAGAACCUCAUGACGUUGGAAGGGCCCAUGCUGCCAUCAGUGGAUUACAUGAUGACGCCUAUGGCUGAAAAAGGUUUUGUGGGUGAGCUAGACAUCACUGAACUAGACAGCCCUGUCAGCCUGGAGAAACCAACUUACUUUCGAUAUGAAAACGGUGAUUUGACGCAGACGGUGGCCUUGGUUGAAGACAUCCACAGGGUGUUUCGUCAGAUUGCCAAAUCGAUCUUCAGACUCAUGGAGAUCGAUUCCUACCCCAAGUUCAUCAGCAGCAGCGACUACCAGCACAUCAUUGCCUGCGAUAGCUGA